AUGCCAGAAUCAAAAACAGAACCUCCUCCAAGAUACGCCGGCUUCAUCGCCGGUGUGUUCUCAGGAAUGAUGAAAAAUGCCGUUGGCCAUCCCUUCGACUCCGUGAAAGUCCGUCUGCAAACUUCCUCAGGCAGGUUUACCGGACCCCUAGAUUGUACCAUCAAAACGAUUCGGAACGAAGGUGUGGCAGGGUUGUACAAGGGUUUCACACCACCCUUGGUCGGGUGGGUGCUCAUGGACUCGGUCAUGCUUGGUUCGUUGCAUGUGUACCGGAGAUUCGUCAAGGAGAACUUCUUUCCCGAUGCCAAGAAAAUGCCUCUGGUGGGUCACUGCGCUGCUGGACUUUUAUCUGGGUGGACAGUGUCUCUAGUCGCAGCACCAAUCGAACAGCUGAAAGCCAGAUUGCAAGUCCAAUACGACGCCAAGAGCAGGGUCUACACCGGCCCCAUCGACUGCGCCUUCAAGCUCUGGAAACACGACGGCCUAAGAACCCUGUACAAGGGUUUGGUACCCACGAUGAUUUUCAGAACCAACUUCAUCGUCUGGUGGGGAUCCUAUGAAAUAAUCACAAACUACUUCACCGAAAAUACCAACAUGAGCAAGGCAGCAGUCAACUUCUGGGCCGGUGGCCUCAGUGCAACCUGCUUCUGGAUCACAGCCUACCCAUCCGAUGUUGUAAAGAACGUCAUCAUGAUCGACAAUGUCGACAACCCUAGAUUCAAAAAAUACACAGAUGCCGUCAAGUACGUCUACACGGAGAGAGGAGGACUCAGGGGCUUUACCAGGGGCUUUGUUCCAAGUAUUUUGCGGAGUUUUCCGGCCAAUGCUGCUGCCCUAGCUGCCUUUGAGUUUGUUAUGAGACUUUUCUAA